AUGCUAAACAGGCCGAUUUCACUAAUACCUGUCACUCUCCGCGAAGCCGCCCUCGACUCCCCCACCUUCCGCGGUACCGUCGUCCACUAUGCCGAGCAAGUCACACUCGUCGAGGCCUGGCUCGAGGAGUACAUCAAGGCAACAUCCCGUCUCAGCGCCGGCGUCAGCGCACUCGAGGGCCUAAUCAAUACAUACAUCACCGCCGGAAACCCUGUCGGACUUUCGGAGAGCAUGAUGGACCACGACUACACCCUCUUGGCACUAACGCGGUACGCUGAGGGGUCAAAGAGCUUCUGGGGCGCGGUCAUGGCGGGCGCACAGAAGACGGAGGCAAGCGUCGUGGAACCGCUGCUGGCAUUCCAGAAGCGGGAUCUAAAGACUUUCAAGGAAAUCCGACGCACCCUUGAAACUACGCAAAGCCGAUACGACCUACUUCUGAGCCGCUACUCCGCCCAAAGCAAAACGAAGGAACCGUCAUCCCUCCGUGAAGACGCAUUCCAGGUCUACGAGGCCCGGAAGCUCUACAUCCGCAGCUGCCUCGACUUCUGUGUGGCCGCACCAACGUUCCGUGCGGCGCUCGACAGAGUCCUUGUCAAGAUCUUCUCGGACCAGUCGCGCGAGCAGCUACGCAUUCGCCGCGACGGGACCUCGAUGGAGCGCCAUGCGGCGGAGAUCGACCGUGUGCGUGCAUGGUCGGAAGGCAUGGAGGCCUCCGAGCAGAUUUUCCGGAAGGAGCUCGUCGGCGCGCGCAAAGAGCUCGAGGAUCGAGCGAAGCGUGACUGGCAGCCCGCGAGGGAUCUCGAGGAGUAUGCGGUGAGCACGGUGCCGUAUCUGACGAGCCGGCCGAAUGUGCCGGAGGAGAAGGAGGGCGAGAAGACGCCCAGCGUCAAGCAGGGCUGGCUGUUUAUGAGGGUUUUGGCGGGGAAGCCGGGGGCGAGGACAUCAUGGAUCCGGCGGUGGUUCUUUGUGAAGGAUGGCGUGUUUGGAUGGCUUGUGCAGGGCUUCAAGGAUGGCGCCAUGGAGGAGAGCGAGAAGAUCGGUGUCCUCCUGUGCAAUAUCAAGCCGGCAUUCCAGGAGGAGCGGAGGUUCUGCUUCGAGGUCAAGACGAAGGAUACCACUGUGCUGCUGCAGGCAGAGACGCAGAUGGAGCUGAUGCAGUGGCUGGCGGUGUUUGAACAGGCGAAGCGGACGGCGGUCGAGAAUGCUACGAGUACAAGUAACACUCAGGCCUUCUCGAUCAUUCCCCCGUCUGCAGCAAUCCCGGCGGCGGAGCCAGCAUAUAUCACAAAGGGACACGACGGGACAACGGCAUCGGCCGCAGUAUCAACAAAUAAAGACAGCCACACCCUCGGCGCCUUGCAUCUUCCCCGGCACCUCCAUGUCCGCCGCAACGAUGAUGACGACAUGCGCUUGAUCGCGGCCAAUACCAUGCCCGCCGACACCACCACCCGCGCAACCUCAAUCGACAUCUCCAGCUCGGAUGCCACCCCCAUCCCGUCCAACACCCGCGAGAAGAUCGCUCAGAAACUCGACAUUGGCCGCAAGCCUGCCACCAACGAUCGCUCGCUCAGCCCGUCCCCCAGCCCCGCCACUCCCCUCCAAGCUGUCUCCGGCGCCGGUUUCAGCGCCCUCAUCUCCGCAUCACACAACGCCCUCCCCUUCCACCCCUCCGGCGACACCACCCGCUUCGGCGACACCACCACGACCCUCGCCCCAACCACCCUCGCAAACACCCCCGCCCCCGUAAUGCUCUCCAAGGCCGCGGCCGUGACCUCAGGCCCCGCAAUGAACCCCAACCACCCCGCCGACCUCUUCAAGGGCCACCGCAAGACCCAGUCCCUCGACACCGACAUCGGGCUGUCGCACGCACACGGGGGCUCCGGCGCCGCGCCCUUAGAGGGCACAUACCCGCCGUCGUACCCGACCGAGCUCGUCGCGCAGGACGCCCACUUCCGCACUCUGUUCCCGAUGCGCGGCGGCGACGAAAUCGUGCUCCUCGUCUUCCGCGCGACCUGGACCGCCAGCGCAACACAGGAGCUGCCCGGACGAUGCUACGUCACGGCGAAGCGAGUCUACUUCUACAGCCACUAUCUAGGCCUGGUGUUCACGAGCGUGGUCUCGCUGACGCACAUCACGGAGGUGACGGCGUCGCCGGGGCGCGACUGCGACCACCUCUUCCUGCACCUGCACCCGGACCCCGACGACAAAGAGAGCGUGCUCGAAGACACAGGCGAGGACGAGCGCGUCGUCGUCAAGGUCUUCCUAGAGCCCGUGCGCCUGCUCCAGCGGCGGCUGCUCUUCCUUGUGAAGGCGCGCCACGAGGAGGCCGAGGGCGGGGACAAGCUGGGCAACGCGGAGGCGCUCACGGCGCUGCUGAAGCUCGAGAAGGAGGAGGAGGAGGAGCACCGCGGGGCGGAUACGGAGAGCUGGGAGGACCUCGGCGAGGAGAAGGUCGAGACGCAUGUGACGCAGAGGGGAAUCGAUGGAAGGGUCAAGGAGGUGACGAGGGUCAGGCUGCCCGCAAUGCCGAUCGAUUAUAGGCCCAGGGGCAUGGCGCGCGUGUCGUUUGAGAGGGAGUUUGAUGUGUCGCCGAAGGCGCUGUUUCAUGUUAUGUUUGGGGACCGGAGUUGGGUGUGGCAGAGGCUGUAUUUUGAGAGGAGGGCGCAACAUAUUCAACAGAGUCCGUGGAGAUCCUCGGGGACGGGGCAGACGCGGAGGGAGUUUGGGUAUGAGAUUGACUACAACGGGCUGAUUGGCGGGCGGAAGAAGAGCAGAGUAAACGACUACCAGACCAUUGAGCUACAAGACGACCACCUGGUCUACGUAGUCGCGGAUCGCAAAACACCAUGGCAUCUCCCGCACCGCGAGCGCUUUAUGCUCGUGACGAAGAUUGUCAUCUCACACGUGGCAAAGAGCAAGUGUAAGCUCUCGAUCUGGACGGCCGUCGAGUGGUCCAAUGCGCCGGCAAUUUCAAAAGGCAUUAUCCAGCGCCAGGCCCUCGACGACCUCGACCUCGACGCACUGGACCUCGGCGACAUCGUCGCAGACCAAGUGCGGAAACUAGGCACCAACGAGGGCCGCACCAAGACAGCCGUGCGGCUAUUUGGCGACGUAGGGGGCGAGCAGCCAACCGACGAGGCCUUCAUCCCACCCGGCGGAGGCCCGGGCCCGCUCGCAUCGGAGUUGGACCCCAGAGCCCCCAAGCUCCCCAUCAAGCAGCGCCGCCUCACGCGCAUGAUGGCCGAGACGGCGCUCUCGUUCCUCGAGAGCGCGGCCAGCAGCGUCAUCAUGUGGACGGCCGCGGGCGUUGGCAAGGCCUGGGAGGUGGUGACGGCGCAGCGCGUCAUCCUGCUGGUGCUGCUGGCGAGCGUGGUGUGGAAUGCGGUUGUGGGCCGCGGCGCGGUCGUCAGUUACUGGAAUGAGAAGAGGGCCGCGAGGUGGCUGGAUGAGGUCGGCGUCGCGCCGAAUGGGAUCAUGAGUAGGGCCGUGUAUCUGAGGGAUCUGGAGGAGGUUGCGAGUAAUGGGACGAUGAGCUGGGUGGUGGACGGGGAGAGCCAAUGUCAUACAGCCUUCCGCAGCCUGUCCGAAAGCACUGACAUGGACGCGCCCGCCACCACCGCCGCCCUCGGCUUCUCGUCGCCCUCGACGCGCGCCACCGCGCGCCGGCUGCGCCAGGGCCGCCAGCACCUCGGCUCGUACCGCCACGACCUCCUCGUCGCGAUGCGCGUCGUGAAUACCCUUGAGCGCGAGCUGCUCUGGGGCGAGUGGAGCAACUGGGUGAAGGAGGAGCUGGGGCGGUGUGCACAGGCGAGGGAGAUGCUGGAGGGGCAGGUGGAGGGCGAGGAGGUGGCGUGGCUGGUCGAGUAUUGUGGCAGUUGUGAGAAGGAGGGGAGGGUGGCGUUGAUUUCAUAG